UAUUAAAAUAGCCACUUUUUGUAAACUUAAUCACCUUAAUAGUUUUCCUCUAAAAUCUAUUUUCGUUCAUUUUAUAUUUCAGCAUCAGCCAAUAUUGUGUUGGCUUUGUUUACGAUAUGUGCCGAAAAACAUCGUGACGUCAAUUUAACAGUUUGCUUUUAGACACACGUUUUAACCUAGAAUACAAACCUGGCUAGUCAAAUCCGGUUGCUACGGUGAGAUAUGAACGGUAUCGGCCCGUUGUUAAGCAGUGUGGCGAAUGACGUCGCAGAUUAUGCGUGUAAAAUGAAUUGGCUGUGCGAGGAAAUAGGUCGCUGAGUCACACCACUAUGACGAAUACAAGAGCUUGCGUAGCAGGAACAGUCUAUUAUUUUGCGAUAGGGUAACAGACGGGUUAGUUUGUAUCAGAACGUGUUAAAAGUUAAAUAAAUGAUAGCUGUCAACAGAGGGAAAGCAGAAGAAAGAAUGGAAUACCUGUUGGUGAUCUAAGUAAGGCGAAACAGUGUAUAAGUUACAGGACACGUGAGCUGCACGAGCCGGGUUUCAAAGACCUAUAUUCACCGAAUGGUUAUAACGUCAGCAGCCAAUUGGGGCUCGUGGAUGACGUCAUUCCAGCCAAAACAACGUAGACGGUCUACUGUGUAAUCGGAUUGUUUAGGAUAGACAAAAAUGGAUUUGAGAAAACCAAAGGCUUCAAAACAAGACAAAGAAAAGAGUUUGGGGAUGCCGGGUACUGUUACAGAUAGUAAUAUCAUGUAUAAUAUGGUUGUUGUAGCUACAGACCAUCUUUUACAGUACGCUACGACAAAAGGCCAUUACACCAUAAGUACAGUCUCUCAAAUGACGAAAGCACAACUAGCCGAAUUUCUUAAAGAUUUCUAUUUAACUUUUAAAAACUCUCCUGAUGACAUCAUUACCACCAUUCGUGAAGGACUACAUCAGUUCUUUCUAAAUGAAAAUGGUUUUGACAUUAUUAACGACAUAGCGUUUGAUUACGCAAAUUUAAUUUAUCAAAGAUGUGCAAAGAGGAAAGGACUGUUAAUGAGCAGAGAAUCUAUGUUGGGACAGUCAAGUCCUAGAGCUUCUCCAGGACCCAGAAGUUCACCAGUGCCAUCAUCCUAUUCAUUUACAGGAAUAAAACCAGUGAAACAAUCAAGAAUUCAAUAUGAAUCCCUAAAAAAAUUAUAUUUAAGUGAUGCCUUAGCAGGAAAUUAUCCUGAAUCGUUACAAAACAAAGUUUAUUUUGACGUUAAUUUAUAUAUUAUAAAUCGCGGGAAAGAUUGUUUACGAACUAUGGUCAAGUCAGAUUUUGAUAUCGGAACCGACGAAACUGGUCGAAGAUAUGUUUGGUUAAAAUAUUCGGAUAAAUUCAGUAUUCGAGAAGUUGGUAAUGUUCCAGGCGAUGACAGAACUGUUAAUGGUAACCAACUUGGUGACAGAAUGUAUGAAAGACCCGGUGAUCCAAGAUGUCCAUUGGCAUCCUUUCUAAGAUAUGUCACCCAUCUCCAUCCGAUGACCGAUGCAUUUUGGCAGCGACCGAAACGUCAAGUUAAUGAGUCUGAUUAUGUUUGGUUUGAUAACACAGCAUUAGGAAAUAGUUCGCUGAGUAAAUUCAUGCAGAAGAUAUGUUUACAAGCGGGUUUAAUGGACAGCUACACAAACAACGCAAUACGAGGGGUGUAUAUUCCAGCAGUAGAGAGUAUAUGUCGUGAAGAUAGCGGGGUAACGCAGCCACAGUCUGUGAUGCAGGUUAUACCAGAACCAACCAUUAAAAUAGAGAAGUUAGAAGAGUCACCAUCAUUAGAAUGUCUUCAGGUAGAAAGUGGUGUCCAAGAUGAUGCUUCAUCCUCUGAUAGUGAAAUAAAAAGUGAACUUGACGAUAGAGAUGUUAAUAGACUUGAUGAUCAAAGUUUAGGUUUAAGAGAUUCUAAGAUGGAGGUAUUAAAUUUACUUCAACGAUUAAUGGUGAAAGAUAUCCAAAAAUUUGUUGAUUGGUUAAAAACUGUUCGAGUAGAAAAAAGUGGAGGAGAAUUAACUGUUUUGUGUAGCCCAGUUGAUAAAGCAACCAUUGAUCCUGAAAUAACAAAUCCAACCACCAAUGGUGAUAACAAGGGAAAUAACUCCACUGGGAAUGGAGUAGCCACACAGAAUGGAGAGAAGAGUGCGGAUGGUAGUAAAAAUGUUCAUGAAGCGAGUAUGGAACAUGAACAUAUGGAUUCUUUAGAAGGAAUAUCAAUAAAACAAGUCGAUUUUCUCACUCUAGAUUCAACACAUUGUUCAUGUAAGGAAUUACGUCCUAUGAAAGUCACCAUCCCUACCUCCGAUACGCUUCUUGUCACAGGAAUUACCGAAGAUACACAGUUGCUACUUCACCGUAAAUGUGGUCAAACAGUUGGUUCUGAAAAUCUUAAAGACAGAGUAUUUUAUUCAGAAAAUGAUUUGGAUGUAGCAGAAGUGGCAGCCAUGUUAAGUACACGGACACGGAUUAGCUCACCAGUCAUCACACCUCAUUCUCAUUCAAAUUCAGACUUUCAAUCCAGUUUGCCUCCUAGAAAAAGAAUGACAGAUUCUUUAUUUCAAAUGAACUCUCCUUCUGCGAAAAGAUUGUGUAAUAUUCGAAAUAUUGAUGAAGAAUCAGAAAGUGACAUUAAUUUAGAGACAAAUUUAAACUGUUUAAAACCAGCCACAUUAAAGUCUUUACCAUUAAAACACAAGAAGAAAGUGAGAUUUAGUUCAGGAAUUCAGGCCUUUAAAAUUAAAACAGAAUCAAUUCAUAGUAAUACCAAUUAACAGACGUGAGGUUGGGAUAAAAUUGAUUGUAAGAGAAUAAAACAUCUGGUAAAAUAUUAAAUUGUUUAAAUUUGCUAAGUUUUUAAAUUAGCACUGUAAUAAUUUUAGUAUUUACAUACCGGUAUGUAUAUAUAUAUUUAUCCAUGUUAUUGUUAUUUGUUAUAUAUGUAGUUUAAUCUACAUGUAUUUUUACAACAACUAUUAUUUUGUAUGUAUAUUUUGGCAAAAGUUUUGCAUAAAGAAAUUUUGAGAAGUUGAAUUCAGCCUUGAUAUGUAUAUUUAGACCAUAACUAUGAACCUAUUGACAGCUUUAUUGUACAUAUAGACCCUACUUUAAAGGUUAAUAAGUAUUAAUAACAUUGUCUCUAAUAAUAUAGAUACGAUAAAACAAUUCAGAUUUAUGUCUAAUGAUUGAUGAAAUGUGAUAUUUUAGAGAUAAUGUUGAAGCCUACUUGAUAUGCAAGAGGUGCAUUUUGAGUUUUUUUGAGAAAAAAAAAGUGCUAUAAUUUAUUUAUUUUAUCCUAUUUGAGUUUGACAAAAAUUUGAGUCCAAUUGAAAGACUUAAUAAUGUAUAAAUUUUAUCCGAGCCUAAAAUUAAUAAUAAUCUUACCUGUAUUUAGUGCUUAGUUGUCAUCAGUCCAUGACUAUAAUAGUAUAGUACAGACUUUCUUGUAAAUAACAGAAGUCACCAUUUUGGUAGUCGUUGCUAUGCAUAGUUCAAUAAGCAAUAUAAAAUGCCAUUUUAGGUUUAAUGUAAUAAUCUGAUUUUGAGCUUUCUUUUUUAGAAAUAAACAGUCUGAUAUACAUGUAUACAUAUACUAUAGAUCUAUAUAAUCUUAUUGUACACCAUUUACAUGUAAAAUUUUGUAUCUUAAGCCUUGUACAGAUUAUCACACAUUUAUUCAAAACAUGGCCAUAAUAUGUUCAUGGACAUGCGUAUGAUCAUUUUCCCAGCAAACUUGAAACUACUCGAAAAUUAUCCUUAUAAGACAUAUAGAAAUAGAUUAUACUAAAAUCAACACAGUUAUAUGGAUAUACUACUUCGGAAUAAUAUUAAUAAAAUUCAGAAGUAGUAUAUCCAUAUAAGUGUGUUAAUUACUUGAAAAUUGUAUGAUAUUCAACAUUUUAGCUGCAUGUUGCAUCUACACAACAUUUCAAGCCAUUGACUAGUUCCAAUUAAUCUGGAUACCAUCACACAAAUAUAUGAUACUAUGUCUUAAUCAUAUGUUCACGACUUUCCUGUUAAUCUCCAAUUGAAGUGAAAGAGACUUUUAUAUAAAUAAUUAUGGCAUAUUAAUUAUAUGAUAAUUUGAAUCUGAUUUCCUAGUUAUUAUAUUUGUAAAUUCAUGUACAUUAAAAACAUCAAGGAGCAUGUUUUUAAUAAGGUCUUGCUAAAUGUUUCUGAUAUAUACAUCAAAGCAUGGUAGACAAAAGGUUCUGUACUGUCCCUGAUUGUAAGAAUCUGUUCAAAGUACUAAAUUGCAAAAGAUGUAUCUUUAAAAUGUCAGCAGUCGAAAAAUGGUUUAAUUCCAUUUAGUACUUACGAAGAUAUGAUGAAUUGACGAUGAGCAGCUUUAACCAAUUUUUAUACGCUCACAUUGAAAUGUGGUAGUAUAUUGUCGUCGUCUCUGUCUGUCCGUCCGUCCGGCGUCCACAAUUGCUUGAUUUUCAGCAACUUACGAUAAUUACUGCCGGAGUAAUGGCCCUUGAUCACUUUGAAAAAUCUUGUGGACGCUCUAAGGGCUGAAGCUAAUAUCCGAUUGACUUUAAAUUUAUACACAGUGUUUUAGGUCAUGAGACGAAGAAGUCUAUUCAUUUUCAGUGAUUUUCGAUAAUUACUGCCAGAGUUAUGGCCCUUGAUCACUUUGAAAAAUAUUGUGGACACUCUAGAGGCUAAAGUUAAUAUCCGAUUAACUUUAAAUUUAUACAAAGUAUUAAAGGUCAUGAAACGAAGAAGUCUAUUCAUUUUCAGCGAUUUUUGAUAAUUACUGCCAGAGUUAUGGCCUUUGAUCACUUCAAAAAAUCUUGUGGACGCUCUAGAGACCAAAGUUAAUAUCCGAUUGAUUUCAGAUUGAUACACAGAGUUUAAGAUCUUGAUACGAACAAGUAAAUUUUUAUGACUUGAACAGCUAUAUCCAUGAUAUUAAAAGUUUUGUAUACUAAGCGUUAGCAUGGGGGCAGAACUUUAUAAAAAACAAACAAAUUCUAAUGGUUUUCUGAUAAUUACUUCAUGAGUUGUUACUCUUAAUCAGAUUUUAGUGUAUUAUAAAUAUUUCAUUACCGAAAAAAGUAAAAAUAUGCGACAACACUUGUUGACUGCCCGGACGAUUUAGCUGCUGUUGGCGUAUGUUUCGUUGUCUGGCAACCUAUCUUUAGGAGUUUGUGUUAAAUAAACGAACAAUUUAGUUUUGUAAAGCACGAUGGGAUAAUUUGUGAACUUUCUGAUUAUAACUUGUAUAUCAAUGCUCACAAUAUUAUUUGUUGGCCAUGUUUUUCCUGUAUAAUUUGUUUAUGAAAGAUUUGUAAGUCCAGAUUUUUGUUGUUAAAUUUGUUAAUGAAUGUUCAAGUUGUAAAAGUUAUUUGUAUAGAAUAAUAAAGAUUACAAUUAAAUUUGAA